UUGAACACUCAUCUGUCAAACCGCUCCACAUCAUUCAGAAGAGGACUUUACAAGAAACGAUCGGCCAGCAUGAAACUGUUGAUCAUAGCAGCUGCUUCUCUGGCAGUGGUGAGCUGUGCCAGCCUCUCACUGGAGGACCUGGAGUUCCACGCAUGGAAACUCAAGUUUGAUAAAUCAUAUAACUCACCUCAGGAGGAGGCCCAUCGUAAAAACAUUUGGCUCUCCAAACGACAUCAGGUCCUGACCCACAACAUCCUGGCUGAUCAGGGCACCAAGAACUACCGCAUGGGCAUGAACCAGUUCUCUGACAUGGAUAGUGAGGAAUUCCGUCAGAAUGUCCUCCUCAGAAACAUGAUCCCCUCCAAUGAGACCAGAACCCUGCCCCACAGAGGCAUAAUCACCUCCACACCUAAAGGGAGUGCUGUGAAGCUGGCUGCUUCUAUGAACUGGAAGGAUAAAGGCUGUGUGACUCCUGUGAAAAACCAGGGGCAAUGUGGAUCCUGCUGGGCCUUCAGCACGACAGGUGCGCUGGAGUCCCACUAUUGUAUUAAAUAUGGCUACCUGCCCUCUCUGAGCGAACAGCAGCUGGUGGACUGCACCGCUUCCUAUGGAGACCAGGGCUGCAGUGGUGGCUGGAUGAACCCAGCAUUUCAAUACAUCAGCAAUAAUGGAGGACUCGACACAGAGGACUAUUACCCCUACGAGGCAAAGAAUGGCUACUGCCGCUUCAAUCCCUCUGGCAUGGGAGCCACCUGCAGUGGGUAUGCUGACGUAACGCCCAAAGGUGAUGAAUCUGCACUGCAGUGGCAUGUGGCCAACCUGGGACCUGUGUCCGUGGCCGUCGACGCAGAACACUUCCAGAACUACGGAUCUGGUGUCUUCUACGACUCUUACUGCAGCAGCAGUAAUGUGAACCACGCUGUGCUGGUGGUGGGUUAUGGAACUGAGGGAGGUCAAGACUACUGGCUGGUGAAGAACAGCUGGGGCACAUACUGGGGAGAGCAAGGCUAUAUCAAGAUGUCCAGGAAUCGGGGUAACCAGUGUGGCAUUGCGUCUUAUGCCUCUUACCCCACAGUCUGACGAGUUCAAGAUGGUCUCAAUACAACUACAAACCUCAAUGAUGACUCAUUUUUGUAUCCACUGUUUCAAAUUCUGGAUAUUUUUGCCUCAACAACACAUGAUACAGCCUUAGACAAGACCCAAUUUAAUUCUGUGGUCACUGCAUCAUCUUUAUCUCAUUCCUCUAGUUAUAUAUUUCUUAAACAUACUGUAUAUUGUCAGGGAAAUGUGUCAUUUUAGAGACAUUUGUAAGGUUUUAUCAUGAAUUAAUUCUCCUGGUAAACAUCUCUGGAGUUUUAUAUGUGAUGUGCAAUCUGUUUGCAGUCUAAUUUCAUUAGCUGGUGUUUUUGUAAAUGAAGGAUUAUUCUAUUUCACUUGUGUGACCUGAUGUUGAGUUGUGCUACAUGUGACCAGGUGUGACCUGAUGUUGAGUUGUGCUACAUGUGAGACCAGGUGAGAUCUGCUGCAGAGAUGGGCUGGAGACCAUAACAUCCAAGCACAGCUCAUCUUAGCUAAGAAAGAGGUUGAAGUGCAAACCACAAGGCUUAGACACUCACUGAAAAGGAUACAGUGAGGAGCAUAUGUAUUUGAUACCAUCCUAAAACAGGAUCAUUUGACAAUUGAUCUUAAUGCCUUAAUUAA